AGUCUCCAACUUCGACGACCAGUUCAGCUUCCAUCGUUGCGCCACGAAGAAGCCACACCUAUCGACCCAGUGGAGCAUAUAUUAUGACCCAUGCAACCACAGGCAAAUGUCCCGAAUCCAACGCCUUAUUCUUCCCUUCUAACCAUCGUCUGCUCCCACCCAUUGCUGCCCUUUUCUCACUUUAGAUCUUCUUGAAUCUUACAAUUCCCAAGUAGACCAUUGUAGUUUUCCACUGUUUCAAUAGUGUCUGCAUAUUAUCAUUUCUCUUAAUCUAUUCGAUUAUACACAAAUCCUAUUUUGUUUCUUUUCGUGGUUUCAUUGUCUUUAUCCAUCAUCUGUUCCCAUGCCCACUUUGCUAAGUGAUCAACGCUUCCAGCACGCGUUCCACCCCUACCGCAGCACUUCACAAACUUCGCGUAGCUCACUCCCAUGUCGCGUCCACCAUCUCCCGCUCAUGACCAAGUCACAGGGCUCCUUCAAACCAAAGACUAUUAUUAGCUCAGAAGCGGCACUUCCAGCUCGUUGUGAUGGGGCAAAGCAGCAGUGCAGGGCCUCUCUAAGCGACAGCGUUUCUGCCGCUGCAAUUUCCACUUCUUCGCGAAUCUACGGCCUGGUCACGAGGAAUGAACCCUCCGCCUCCUCCUCUGCCGUUGCAACAAGCUUGCCCAACUCGUCGAACAAACUCCAAUAUCAAGUUCCCCACGCUUCCUCCGCUAGCUUCGCAGUGCCCACUUGUCCCAAUGGGGCCUCUAAACUUCCAUCCCUUACCGAAAAUUCUUCCCGUGUGCUUCAGGACGGCCCCAGCCCGGCUCACACUUUCCUAGACACGCAAGGUCGUGCAAAGACUACUGAACGCGCGUUCAGUUCCAGUCCACCUUCUUCCAGCUCCCGCAACCCCGUUUCAACCUCUCCCACCAACACCCAAUAUCAUCGGGAUUUUGUCAAUUACCUGAAAGCAUGGCGUCCUCCAGUGGAAUAUUACGCGCGCCGUAGAUAUCAACACCCAUCGCUCUCCUAUCCCUCCCGCCGGCCAUCUCUUCCGAGUCUGCUGGAAGAACGGAUCACCCAUGACGGAAAUAUGGACGUAGUGUGCCCCGAGCUAGCUAUUCCGGCAUCCCCGCGCGCAUACCAGAGAAGAAUCUUCUCAGCACCCUUACCUUAUACCAAGCCAGUCAGCCAACCCAUGUCCACACGGGGUUGGGAUGGCGAGUCUGAAGAGGAUCUUGAAAGCGAUGAUGAUGAUGGGGACGACGACGACGAUUACGAGUCAGAUGAAGAAUCAGACUCAGAAGCCGUCACACCAUCAUCUUCUCCUGCGUCUAGCAAAACCUACUUUCUUCAGCCCCUGGUUUUAACCAAAAUUCCUGGUUAUUGACGCUAUGUACCCUCAAACAUCCAUCUCCACAAAGGAAACUUUCAUCGCUCUUACCCCGACAAUCCGCAACUGCUAGUAGUAUUCCGCCAAUUUCAAAUCUCCAGCUGAACUUUCCGACUUCCAUUCAUUUCAGUUUUUUUUUUGUGUGCUUUUUGGGGAGGGGCUAUCUUUUUACUGCAUCUAAAUAGGCCCAAUCUUUUCAUGAUUUCUUUCUCUUUCUUGGCAAAUAAUUUAUAUUUCUUGUAAAAAUUUCCACCCUUAUUCCCACAUGUUUUC